GUGAGUGGGGUAGCAUUUCCUUCUCCCACUGCUGCCGAGAUGGCGGAAAUUAGUCGAAUUCAAUAUGAAAUGGAAUACACCGAAGGUAUUAGUCAGCGAAUGGGGGUCCCAGAAAAAUUAACACCACCAAAUGCUGACCUGGAACAAGAAUUCCAAGAAGGAGUUCCAAAUGCCAGUGUGAUUAUGCAGGUUCCAGAGAGGAUUGUCGUAGCAGGAAACAAUGAAGACAUUCCAUUUUCAAGGCCAGGAGAUCUUGACCUCAUUCAGUCAACUUCUUUAAAACCUCUGGCACUAAAAACACCACCUCGUGUACUUACACUAAGUGAAAGACCACUAGAUUUUUUGGAUUUAGAAAGACCUCCUUCAACUCCCCAAAAUGAAGAAGUCCGUGCAGUUGGCCGACUAAAAAGAGAGCGCUCUAUGAGUGAAAAUGCUGUUCGCCAAAAUGGACAGCUGGUCAGAACUGAUUCCAUGUAUGGCAUUUCAAAUAUAGAUGCAACAGUUGAAGCAACUGCACAUGACAUGAAUGUUGUAGAUGCAGUUUCAUUAAGACGACAGAUAAUCAAAUUAAAUCGACGUCUACAACUUCUAGAAGAGGAGAACAAAGAACGUGCUAAAAGAGAAAUGGUCAUGUAUUCAAUUACGGUAGCAUUCUGGCUGCUUAAUAGCUGGCUCUGGUUUCGCUGCUAGAGUAAUCUCAGCUCUCAAAAA